UCUCUGACUUCACAUCCGUCUAUCUUGUUAUGGUACGGGAAGCCCAGUGGAAACAACUACUACCUGUCCGGACACUUUCUGUGUUUAAAUCUGAUCUAAACUCUAAAUCAAGCAGUUACCUGGGGUGGAGAUGGAAAUAUCCAUGGAGGCGGAAGAUGGAGAGCGCAGAUGGGAACACUGGAAACUUCUGUCUAAUCUUAAGACAACUGUUGAAGGGCUGCUGUCGACCAACAACCCUAAUGUUUGGUCCCGCUAUGGGGGUCUUCAGCGCCUGCAUAAGGACAUGAACAACAUCCUGGGCCAUGGCCUCAAACACGAACAGAUUUACUAUAAACAGAAAGACUAUUGGCGUUUCGUGUGGUGUGUGCGGUAUCUCUGUCCUCAUCUAGCUCGUCAUGUAGAACAGUUCAGUCAGUUGGAGCCAGUGUUGAGCAGUGGCGUUCAGUGCUUCGGCGAGGGUUAUAAAGCUGAGCGUUGGCUUUUACACAGUCUCCAAGGUCACAUCUUAUCUGCCCAGCUCAAACCACUGCUGCAACAUAGGACAAACACACAGAAAUAUUACAAUGAUGGGGCCUUCCUGUUGAGUGAACCACACGUGUCUGCCAUGUUCCAGUGUCUGGAGGCGGUGGAGCAGAAUAACCCUCGGCUGCUGGCUCUCAUAGACACCGUCAGGCUUUCACAUUUGAAAGAGUCUCCGUUGGGCUUGCUGAAGAGUCAGAGUUUGUGUUUGCUGCCCGGGGCCGCUGGAAGCUGGAGGCCAGCGGACAGCUCUCAGUCCCAGAGGCUCACCACCUCCCAGAGCUGCCUUACAGAGAUUCCCAAAAACCCCCACUCCAAGAGCAGCUCAGAUGUUGCUCCAUCCAGCAGUACUCAGGGUGCUCCAUGGGUGUGUGGUACAGGAAAUCAGGACGCAGGAAUCCCCCAAAUCUCCUUUACUGAGCCUGCCUUGCCCGCUCCGCCUGAGAUCCGGGAUUGUGUGGAAGUGGAUCUGGAUGACGGCCCAGAAUAUCUGGCUAUUGGUAAUCUGGGGAAGCACAAACGCCGCGACUCGUCCAGCUCCACUCAGAGCAGUGAACACAUGGGGACUCAGGGAGAUACCCAAACUCCUUUGGCCCCACCCCCACCACGCCGCUGCUCUUUCUCAGAGGCUCCGAGGACUACAGGGCGGAGCUCAAGGGGACACAUCCGGUCUCUGUCCGACACGGGCGUCACGCAGAAACUGAAAAAUGGAAGGGGUCACAGGAAAAUCACCAUUAUUAUCGAGGACCCCGUCGCAGAAUCUGUUGCGGCUACACCAUGUUUGAAGAGCUGUGGCCCUUUCUCACCCCAGAGCAGCGACAGCAGCACCCACAGUUCACUUUAUAUGGAGUCUAACAACAGCCAGUACAACAGCGUCCCGGACGGAUUGUUCCGCAGACCGUCCGAGGGUCAGAGUCUGAUCAGCUACCUCUCCGAGCAGGACUUCGGCAGCUGUGCUGAUCUGGAAAAGGAAAACGCCCACUUCAGCAUCUCUGAGUCCCUGAUAGCGGCCAUCGAGCUGAUGAAGUGUAACAUGCGCAGGCCAGCAGAGGAUGCUGAGGAAGACGGCGACAGUGACUCAGAAAUCCAGCAGCUUAAACAGAAAAUCCGCCUGCGCAGACUGCAGAUACGGCGAACGCGGCAGAAGCCACCGGUUUCCUCUAAUAAUCAGGUCCCAUCUGUUGAUAGUGGGGGCUCACAGAGGAGCUCCCAGGAUUCCUUUCAUGCCUCUGACUCUGGCUCGGAUAGAGAAGUGGAGGACAUUGAGCUUCUAGAUGGCAAUGAUGGUCAGUCCCUCCUGGCGGUGUCUCAGAGCGGCCUGUCCCUGUCACUCGCGUCCCUCUUCUCAGAUGCAGACAUCAAACGCAGUGCUUCCAGCAGCAGAUCCUUCCUCAGCUCAGACUCCAUCUCUCCAUCCAUGCUACAGUCCAAUUCGGCAGAGUCUGUGGCUAUGGGUCUCCUCAGGCAGUUUGAAGGCAUGCAGCUGCCCGCUGCCUCGGAGCUUGACUGGCUGGUUCCAGAGCAUGAUGCCCCUCAAAAACUUCUUCCAAUGCCAGAUUCUCUUCCUAUUUCACCGGAUGAUGGCGAACACGCAGACAUUUACAAAUUACGCAUCCGGGUCCGAGGAAACUUGGAGUGGGCUCCUCCUAGACCACAGAUCAUCUUCAACAUUCACCCUCCUCCAAAGAGGAAAGUGGUGGUAGCGAAACAGAACUACCGCUGUGCUGGCUGUGGCAUUCGCAUCGAUCCAGACUAUAUAAGGAGGCUGAGGUACUGUGAGUAUCUGGGCCGGUACUUUUGCCAGUGCUGUCAUGAAAACGCACAGGCCGUAGUGCCAGGAAAGAUCCUUAGAAAGUGGGACUUCAGUAAAAGCUACGUCAGCAACUUUUCCCGGGACUUACUGGCCAAGAUCUCAGGAGACCCGCUCUUCAACCCAAACGACAUCAACAGCAGCCUUUACAAGAAGGUCAAAGCCCUGGAGACAGUGCGCGCAUUGAGGGAACAGUUAAACCACAUGAAGAAUCUCUUAAAAACUUGUCGUUUGGCUAAGGAGGUGCUGGAUCAGUUUGACACACUUCCUGGACAUCUGACUGAAGACUUUCACCUCUUCUCUCUCAACGACCUCACCGCUGUACGUAGCGGCAGUCUGGCCCCAAAGCUACGCGACCUGCUCCGCCUCGGCUCCAGCCAUGUCACAGACUGCAUGCUCUGCCAGGCCAAGGGCUUCAUUUGCGAGUUCUGUGGAAAUGACAAAGAUAUUAUCUUCCCCUACGAGCUCAGCAAGUGCAUACGUUGUGAUGAUUGUCGUGCGUGCUAUCAUAAGACCUGCUUUAAGGCUGGGAAGGAGUGUCCUCGCUGUCUGAGACUUGCCGAGAGGAGAGAGCGGAUGGCUCGCAAGAACAUGGAGGAGCUGGAGGACAGAGAGGAGGACGAGGCAAGUGGGACCUAGCACAUAGUACAAGUAAGAUUUCAUGAGAGCACAACGGAACAAUGAAUGUAGAGACUGAUAUUCAGCAGAACUUUUCUUGAUUCCCGUCCCAGUCCUGCUGACUGCAGCAUAAUUAAUCAUUAAAGUUACAAAGAGUUUUAUGUGCAAACAAUAAGCUUCUACUUUUAAGGAUUGCUGCCUACAGCUAGAAAAUUGUACUGAUUUUUAUGAUCUGCUAUGUUUUUGUUUGCUUCUUGCCUCCGUCCUUAAAAAUCAAAUUCGUUUUAAUCAACUGGGUGUUGAGUCAUAAACUUUUAUGUGUAUGAAAUAACAGUCUUGAUGUUUUUCUGUGUGUCCACGUUUUGUUGGUUAUAUUUAUUAAUGUAUCUUGUUGUGUGCCUCAUUAAUGGCUGUUCAUUUGUAACGAUGAGAGACGGAGAAGGGCAGCUGAACUCUAGCAAGUCUUGCACAACCUUUGUUUUCUUAGAGGUUUCUAGAAGUGUCAGGUUCAAACUUAAUGUGUUGAAGAUCAAAGCUCUUAAGACAAUAGGCCUUGAGUGAAAUGACAGCAAAAUUAAUUUCUGUUAUUGUAAAGAUCAAUUAAUUUUAAUACAACAAUGGACCUCAUUCAAGUGAAAAAAAUUGUGAAAACAACUGGAAUCGAUUGAAUGUAUUUAACUGAAUACAACAAUUUGGGCGAUUAAGACAGAAAUUGUUCUGUUUGUUCGUAAAACCAUUUCUACAUAAAUGUUAGUUUUGCAAACAUUUUAGCCAGAAACCAUUCUUGCAUAAGUUGUUUUGGUUUCAUGAAUAUUUUAGCCAGUAAGUAAAAAUAGUAGGUUCGUGGGAGAAAAGCCCAUUCAAAUAGAGAAUUUAUACAAACUAGACUUGCUUAAAUUCUUUUUUGGUUUUGCAAUUUCAUUGUUUUGCUCAUUGGUUAUAAUCCCUUCUGAAUUCUUUUGGUUAAAUGAAAGAUUUUCACAGAAGUUUGUUGUGCUCUUUUGUAAAACCAUUUUUUUGGGGUGAACUUGGUCAAAUUGUACUGAAUGCAGCAAGUUGCGUAAGAAUGGUUUUAUGCACAAUUUUGCACAAAAGUUCAAUGUCCUUGUGCCUAAAAUCAUUCCUCCAUUUCGUGAGGGAUUUAGGCAGGAUUUUUUUUAUUUUUUAUUUUUUUUAUUUUUUUUGAUCAUUCACAAAAUCUUUUCUGUGAAAGUUGUUUUUGGUUUCGCCAAAUAUUUUAGCAAGAAAUUUCUUCUGCUCACAUGUGUAGUCUUUCUUGCUUAUUUUUUUUUAAAGAAUUUAUACAAAUUUGUUCUGCUUGUUAGAAAAAUCCAGACAUAAAUUUCUUUUGCUCUGUAAUUAAGAACACAUUCUUCCAAAAUCCCUUGGGUUUUAUGAACGAUUUACUCGGAAGUUUCUUGUGCUCUUAUAAAACUGAAUGCGUCAACUUGCGAGAAUGCUUUUACAGACAAUUUCAACUGAAAUUUUUUCUGCUCAUGUUUCACAAAUGAGGCCCAAUGCUGGUCUUUCAUUUAAAUUAAAGGCCUUUUUGCUUUAACAUUUUGCACCUACCAAAAAUGGCACUUUGUUUGUAUGGUUUCCUGUUCUUAAAUAGACAAAUCAUUUCUUGUUGGUUCUUUAAUUUGCACUAGUUUGAUGUUUGUUUGAACAAGAACUGUAAUAAUGUUUGAACUGGAACAUCAUUCCAACAUCUCACAUUCAGUCCAAAAUCUAAAAUGGUCUUAAACAGUGGUUGUCCAGUGAAGUUGCUCAUGCAAAAAGACUGUUGUACCAAAGUGUUAUUUGAUUAAAAGAGUUUAUUACAUUGGUAAGUUGUAUUAUAAUUCAUUACAUCAUACUGGACCUAAGUUAGUUGGAGUAGAUAAUGGAAUAUGUAAAUGUAUCUAAAAGAAAAUAUAUUCAAGACGCCAUUUGUUUGCUGCUCUGAGUAUUUCUGAAGCAAUAACAACCAUGUACUUUGCCACAAGCAUUUAAUAACUUGAAUGCACUGACCUUAAACUUUAUGAGAUUGAAUGAAUGAACAAACUUGCUUUUGUAUGGUUGCUUAUGAGCUAUAAUAUUAUGUUUAUAACUUUUUCAUUUGAUCCUGCUGAUGAUGUGUCCACUUGAGCUUACUGUUGUAAAAUUACUGAAUUGCCUUUCUUAUUCAGGGGUCUUUAAUGCACUAAUUGAGAAAGUGUACAUAUAUAAUUUCUUAUUGUUAUAAAUACAUAACUGACAAUUAAAGAUGUUUAGACUGUC